AUGUCUGACGCCGCCGUUGUUGAAGCCACCGCCUCCCCAGUUGCCGCUGUUGAGAAAAAGGCACCAAAAAAAGCCGCUGCCAAAGCAAAGAAGCCAUCAGCUGCCCCUACCCACCCUCCAACCCAGCAAAUGGUUGAUGCCGCCAUCAAGACCCUGAAGGAACGUGGAGGUUCAUCAUUGCCCGCCAUCAAGAAAUACUUGGCCAGCACCUACAAAGUAGAUGCCCAAAAAUUGGCCCCCUUCAUCAAGAAGUACUUGAAAGGUGCCGUUGCCAGUGGAAAAUUGAUCCAAACUAAAGGUAAGGGUGCUUCUGGUUCAUUCAAAUUGUCUGCUUCGGCCUCUAAGGAACCCAAAGCUAAGACUGCUGAAAAGAAGAAGAAGGCCCCAGCCGCUGGUGACAAAAAGAAGAAGGCUGCCGCCCCUAAAAAGGCCGCUGGUGAGAAGAAGGCAGCUGCCAAAAAACCCUCUGCCGCCAAGAAGACCGCUGAAAAGAAGAAGGCCGACAAAACAAAGGCAAAGGCUGCCAAGGAAAACCGGUACAGUUAA